UUUUAAUAGAGAAAUUAAAAUCCUGCUCAUUAUAGAAUAGGUGCAUUGACACAUGCAAAUUCAUAGAUUUGCAAAUCAAGUAAUGUGGAGCUGACAAAAGUGAGUCACGUCAUCGAAAAAGCUAUAGCGUUUCAGCUCAAGUGGCCCGUCUGUGGGUGUCACCGGAGCGUGUGAGUUUAUGCAGAUAAGGUGAUGCUUUCAGAUGGCAGGAUACACCACACAGGAAAAAUGAAAAACACCUGCUUCUGCUCAACGUGAGAAACCCGCUGUCUCUGCAGUUUAGAUAAAAUGACUCGCACCAGUCUCUGUGCUCUUUUCGCAACCAUCUGGUUCACAGGUCUCAUCUCUGAAGGUGUAACUUUGCCAAAUCCAAAUAUAUCUGUGUGGCAAAAACCUCAGACAAUAAAAUGGAAAGGCACAAGUGAGAACAUCACCUGUCACAUUAAAGCUCAUUCACAAUUUAAAAGAAUCGUGGUUAAGUGGUUACAAGAUAAUAAAACUGAAAUAAAGAGUGAAAAGAUUGAACUGUCUGACAAUCGAUCGUCUGUUUCUGGAACUGUGCUUGUUAACGCAUCGCUGGACCUGCUGUCAAUACGUCUAAAUCAUAGUGCCAUGUAUUACUGUACAGCACAGAUGGAUUUACCUAUACUUGGAUUUGUUAAAUAUGGAAAUGGGACGCAUGUAUAUGUGGUGUCUAAUUCAACAACUGUGACAAAACCUUCUCCCACACCUGAGACUGUGACAGCAAUCCCAAUGACACUUAUGGUGUCAUUGACUUUAGGAUUGAGUUGUGUCUUGCUAAUCAUCUGCAUUGGCUGUGCUAUUCACAGACAUUAUAAAGGACACUCCAGGAUAGAACCUAAAGCAAAAGAAGCCGUAGUUGAUGCUACCCAUGAAACACCCUGCCCUGAAACUCAUGAAACUGUUGUUUAUGCAGCAUUAAACAUUCCUCGAGACAGUGUGAAAUCAAGAAACGAGAACAGUGCAGCUGUGGCACUCACUCCAGUGACCUGCACCGAGGACUCUGUGACAUACUCUGAGGUCCAUAUGAAGAAAGGACCAAAGGAUGAAGGUUGAGCAUCAAUUUAUUCGCACUUUCAUCAUGCAUAUGGGACAGGGUGUUACUGACAGUCUUUGAGCUUCUGGUCCUGUUAGAUUUUGUCAUGGUAUUGCUGUAAAUACUGUAAAUGUUGAUAUCGUUUUCAAUGGUUUGUGUUUCUUCAUGAAGACUGAAUUGUUAAGUGCCGUCGGCUCACAUUUGAGUCUGUUUUAAGCAGUAUUGUGCUCAUGGCAAAUGUAUAUAUUUAAGAUACGAUUAUAAAAAAAAUCCUCUGAUAAAAACAUAAGACUUUUUCUUGUCUUUUGAGUGAUCAGGUUAGAGUUUGUGUUUAUAGAGUUAUGAUGCUUGUACAUACAGUCAAACCAAAAAUUAUUCAGACAUUUUUGAUAUAUUUUUACUAGUGAGGAUAGCAAAAUAAAGUAAACUGUGAAU